AUGAUGGCCGUUUGGCAGGAUUAUCGUACGGUGCAAAUCACACCUGAAGACCGUGAUUAUGCCACAUUCGGACUACCGAGGAACUCUCCAUUUGGACAUUUUCGUAAACCCCUGAAGGCCUUGGAGCUGGACGGCGAUCUGGCCACCGCCCAGGAGCUGGCAUGUCUAUCUACACCAUUCGACCAUGUGAUCAAAGAUAGUUCAUGUGAGGCCGACGAUGAAAAAGACCCCGAAAUCACACCCCGGAUUAGCAAGCCCCCGCGAGGUUGCCCAAGGUCAAUUCACUGUGAUAGUGAUGAAUCAUCUGACCUGGGUGAGCUUCAAACUCCGAUUGACAAAGUUCUCCAUCGUCGCAUGGAUACAUUGAAAAUCAAAUUGGGACAUUCGACUGACUCCGAUGAUACCCAUGAGAUUGGCGGAACCAAUGAUGCUGAUGACGAGUACACGAACUGUUGGUCUACGGUAGUAUCUGAUGCCGAUGAAGACAAGGACGAGACCGAAGACAUAUUCACGACCAAGGAAAUUUUCGAAGCUGGGUUAGCUGACAUGCUUCACCAGAUGAUGUUUGUAUCUGGAGAAACUGCUGAACCCUCUAUUGAUACCACCACACUUAUUGAAGACAUUACCCGUCAGCAAGUCAUUGAAAUUCUCACUCGCAGUACUCAAUUGGCUACUCGCCGAGGAUCACGUGCUAUUUCCACCGACGAUCUUAUAUUCUUGAUUCGUCACGACAAAGCUAAAGUCUCCCGACUCCGUACUUUCCUCUCCUGGAAAGAUGUGCGCAAAAACGUUAAAGACUCCGACGAUAAAGGUGGUGGUGAUGCUGCCGAUUUCGCUGGCGCCGAUGAUGCUGCCGGCAUAGCAGCAGGCCCACAGGAUGUUGCCGCCAAACCAAAAAACAAGCGCGCUAAGGUUGGAUUGGCGUGGGACAUCCACAGUUUUUUCUCGGUACAGAUUCCUGAACGUGAUGAUGAAGAGGAUGAGGAAGAGGAGGAACAAAAUUAUGCUACUCUCCAACGCCUGGCUGCUGCUGAUGAGCGCACUAAACACAUGACAAAGGAGGAGUACGUAUUCUGGUCUGAGUGUCGUCAAGCAUCUUUCACCUACCGCAAGAGCAAACGAUUUCGCGAGUGGGCUGGUUUCGGAAUUGUUACAGAGUCCAAGCCUAACGACGACAUUGUGGACAUUCUCGGUUUCUUGACUUUUGAGAUUGUUCAGACACUCACCGAAGAAGCACUCAAGGUCAAGGAACGUGAGGAUCACGAAAAGAACCGCGGCGGCGCCGAUACUACCGGAGAGAACGCCAAGAAGCGUAAGCGCGAAACUAGUCUCUUCGACCCGCCUGAGGAGGGACGCACGCCGAUCGAACCUCGCCAUGUCCGUGAGGCCUACCGAAAGUUACAGGCCACCCCACAGAAAUCAGUGGCAAUGCUGCUUCAUAAUGGACGACUUCCUGCUCGUAUGAACUUGCGCUUGGUUAAUUUGAUUACCCAUCUCAAGCAGUGA